CGGCUCCCUCAGGCCAGCGUUGCAGUGCGCGCCUGCGCCGGCCCUCGCCUCGGAGCAGCCAUGAUGGAAGGCCUGGACGACGGCCCCGACUUCCUCUCGGAGGAGGACCGCGGACUUAAAGCAAUAAAUGUAGAUCUUCAAAGUGAUGCUGCUCUGCAGGUGGACAUUUCUGAUGCUCUUAGUGAGAGGGAUAAAGUAAAAUUCACCGUUCACACAAAGAGUUCAUUGCCAAAUUUUAAACAAAAUGAGUUUUCUGUUGUUCGACAACAUGAGGAAUUUAUCUGGCUUCAUGAUUCCUUCAUUGAAAAUGAAGACUAUGCAGGUUACAUUAUCCCACCGGCACCACCAAGACCUGACUUUGAUGCUUCAAGGGAAAAACUACAGAAGCUUGGAGAAGGAGAAGGGUCAAUGACAAAGGAAGAAUUCACGAAGAUGAAACAGGAACUAGAAGCUGAAUAUUUGGCAAUAUUCAAGAAGACAGUUGCAAUGCAUGAAGUGUUCCUAUGUCGUGUGGCAGCACAUCCUAUUUUGAGAAAAGAUUUAAAUUUCCAUGUCUUCUUGGAAUAUAAUCAAGAUUUGAGUGUGCGAGGAAAAAAUAAAAAAGAGAAACUUGAAGAUUUCUUUAAAAACAUGGUUAAAUCAGCAGAUGGCGUAAUUGUUUCUGGAGUAAAGGAUGUAGACGAUUUCUUUGAGCAUGAGCGAACAUUCCUUUUAGAAUAUCAUAACCGAGUUAAGGAUGCAUCUGCUAAAUCUGAUCGGAUGACAAGAUCACACAAAAGUGCUGCAGAUGAUUACAAUAGAAUUGGUUCUUCAUUAUAUGCUUUAGGAACUCAGGAUUCUACAGAUGUAUGCAAGUUUUUUCUCAAAGUUUCAGAACUGUUUGAUAAAACAAGAAAAAUAGAAGCUCGAGUGUCUGCUGAUGAAGACCUCAAACUUUCUGAUCUUUUAAAAUAUUACUUAAGAGAAUCUCAAGCUGCUAAGGAUCUCCUGUAUAGAAGAUCUAGGUCUCUAGUGGAUUAUGAAAAUGCUAAUAAAGCACUGGAUAAAGCAAGAGCAAAAAAUAAAGAUGUUCUGCAGGCUGAAACUUCCCAACAAUUAUGUUGUCAGAAAUUUGAAAAAAUAUCUGAGUCUGCAAAACAAGAACUUAUAGAUUUUAAGACAAGAAGAGUUGCUGCAUUCAGAAAAAAUUUAGUGGAACUGGCAGAGUUAGAACUGAAGCAUGCUAAGGGUAACCUACAGUUACUGCAGAACUGCCUGGCAGUGUUAAAUGGAAACACAUAAGCCAUACUCCACCUUCCUGUCAAAAGGGCUGCCUUCCUUCAAAUUUCAUUUUUGUUUUCUUAAUGAUGUUUGGCAUUUACUGCUCACUGGAAACAAGAAAGAAAACGGCUGACAAAGUGCAUUUACUCUCCUUUUCUCUGAUCAACAAUGGAGCGGUGCGUCCACAGGUGACCCCAGCUGUGUGGUGUGGCCCUGCAUUCCUGUGCCCGAGCGUUCCCGGGACAGUUGUCCACCAUUGUGCGCUUCCUAUUCAAAAGCCCAAAGUGCAGUCUUUUUUUAAGUAGCAUCUAUAAGUGUGUUUGUUUUAUAAAUAGUAUUCCUUAUGGCUGCCAAUCUUAUAAGUAAUUUCUGAAGUUUAACCCUUUCGAAAUACAUUGUUCAAAAGAUGAAGAUUGCCAUUACCUUCUUUUGAAUUUUGUUGUUAAAAAACAUUGUAUACAACCUUACUUCAUCCAUGUAUCCGGGUAAAGCAUCUUAAUCAGACUUAUUUUUAAUUAAUGAGGAUUUCUUAGAAGUUUUGGGGACAGACUUUAUGUAAUCUUUAUAAGUAUGAUUUCUGAAGAAAAGCAAAUGCAUUAGUAUGUUUGCCUUAAACUUGUAGACUAAACCAGUUAUUGUAAAAUAAACAGUGAUAACAGUGA